CCAGGCACUGCAUUCAGCGUGUGUAAGGAGUUUGUCCAGCGAAAGAAAAUGGCGCAAUUCAACGGCAAGUACAAGCUGGACCCUGACAACAGCCAGAAUUUGGAAGAAUUCAUGAAGGCACUCGGUGUGAGCGAAGAAAUGCGUAAGAUUGGUAGCAGUGUUGUCCCUGAAGUAACCAUAGAGACGGCUGACGGCAAACACUUCAAGAUGACUACAGUGACUACCUACACUACCGUUGUGGUUGAAUUCAAUCUGGGAGAGGAACAGGAAAUAACCACGGCAGAUGGGAGGAAAACUAAGAAUGUUUACACCUUGGAUGGGACUACCUUGAAACACGUUGAGACGCCAGCAGAUGGGAACGGGCCAACGGCAACGUACAACCGAACGCUUAAUGCAGCUGGAGAUAUUGAGAUGGUUAUGACAACUGGUUCUGUUGUUGCCAAACGACUUUACAAGAAAUUGUGAUCACCAGGGCAAUGAGUCAAUGGAAAGUAGACCUGCAUGAUUCUAGUUAUGGUGACUCAUGACAUGCAUGAAUUCUAAGUUAAAGACUGAAGUACGUUCAGUCCGAGGAACGUUUUUGUAAUAUGGGCGUUCACGAUAGUGCGCCUCCAAGAGUAGAAAACAAACAAAUCCAAGUGUCUUUUGUUAUUAUUCAAUAUAUUCCAAUAUUUCCUGAGGGGCACUGCCCCCCCCCCGUUUCCAUCGCCAAUGACAGCAGGAGAGGACAGGGCUGACAGCGGGUUAGUAAAGACUUUAUUCCUUUAAAGUGUACAUAGAAUGAAACUUCCGUAACUUUGUACUCUUUCCAAUGUAUGAACGUUCUUUUUCAUUGCCAUCUAUUGAAAUGCAUUGAAAAGUAAUUCUUCACGCUUUUCCUGGACAUCAGAGGGCGCAGUUGCUGUGAUGUCAUCCAGGAAAGACAGAGUUGCGAACCGAGAAUUUACUUACUGAAAAAACAUUUCUGAGAAAGGGAUAAGUACUAAUUACUACAUACAGAAACGGCAAAGCAUAUGCAAAGAAAAGACAUUGUUCUUGGGAUGACGUCAUAAUUUUGUUCAUAAGGACAUACUCGUUAGCAAGUAAGAGUGUAGCAUUAAUCGUGAUUAUACGUGAAAUGACUAUUUAUCUUGACCCACAGUUUACUGAGCCAAGCUGAUAAAGAUUUGCCAAUGACUCGUUGUCAGGGCAACGCGGUCAGUAACUUGUCCGCAGUUUUUGGAAUUGAUUUCGAAUCCUUUGGAAUCGAGUCUCAAGUUCGUACGUUGAACAUUACAGUAACGAUUCUUCAUUGAAUGAAAUUUCUUAACACAACGGUGUUAAAGUUCAGUGCAUUUUUUGUGGUUUUCUGAUCUUCACUACGCAUUAAAAAUUGCCCAAAUGUACACUGAUUGUUCAGGAAAGGUAAGACUGUUAAGACGAUUAGUAAAAACUUCCUUCCAUGAGCUUUAUAAUUAUACAGGAAGAAACAGGAAAUUUCCAUGUGGUGGGUAAAAAAUGCAAACAUUUGCCUGAGCAAUUGUUUAACAUUUGGUUGGCAGGAAAUUACACUAACUUUAAUGCUUACCUAGACAGGGACACUCGAGGGAAUGAUAACAAAGAUCUUGGUAUAUACCAAGGAAAAGAAACCGAUGUGGCUACAGAGAAGCUAUGUUUAAUAAAAGGCACUUAAAUAUCAAUA